UGUAGCGUCUAUAUAUAAUAAACGCGUCCGUGAAUUAAACGCUCAAUACUUUGCUCGAUAUCUGCGCUGAUUUCUUGACGCAAACUUGCGUAAUGUGUGGCAAAAAAUUUCGAUCGCCCUUGACGUGGUGAUGUUUUUUUUCUUCGAUCCCACCCGAGAUUGUAUUGUGUAUGACUCAUCGCGUACGGGCAAGUACGUGGAUGUUUGUUUUUUAUUGUUGUGGCUCAUACAGUUAUACCAAGAUUAUUGUUCUUUAAAAUAGAGUGUAAAUGAUACAAUGGAGCGCAAGUGUGGGAAAUAUAAGAGUAUUUGAGGAGGGAAAAACACGUUUCAGAUGUUCUCGAAAGCUUUUAUCGAAAUUAAAGUUGUAUGCUGCCACGUUUCCGGAGAGCUCGAUUUUCUACUUUAAGAUGUUACGAGGUACAUAUCAAUGGUUGUAUGUGGUAAAAACGUGAUAAAUGAUAAAGAUAUACAUUAAGAAAAGUAACAUUGAAAUUUUUACUACAGUGAAUUAACUCAAUCCCAUUCCAGAGCCAAGUAGUACUUGAGUAAUUACAAGUAGAGCGGAAAACAAUUGUUGGCCCAAAAUGACGCCUCUGCUGCUUAUACCAUUGGGGAUAAUGGGGGCACUACUGUUAUGUGCAGCCUGCACAGUAUACAAUCAGUACACAUAUUGGAAAAAGCGCAAAACAUUGCAUCUGGAGCUGGUACCUGUUCUGGGCCACAAUUAUCCGAUAUUCUUUGGACUAUCGUCAUUCGUCACGCACUCGCUGAACCUUUACAAACGACACCCGAAAGCCCGAUACUACGGCAUGUUUGAUUUCCGCAAGCCAGCAAUCGUUGUCAAAGAUCUCGAGCUGAUUCGCGACAUUUGUAUCAAAAACUUUGAUAAUUUCAUGGACCAUGAACCCUUUGUCACCGAAGAAAUGGACCCGAUUGCCGGUUGCAAUUUAUUCUCGCUGUGUGGUCAGAAGUGGAAAAACUCGAGGAGAACCUUGAGCCCCAGCUACACAGCGCCCAGGAUGAAGCUUUUGUUUGACCUGAUGAGCGAAUGCUCUCACGACUUUGUUCGAUACUUUGUUGAGAACCCACAGGCAGCAAAGGACUUUCAAGCCAGGGACAUAUUUACAAGAUACGCCAACGACGUGAUAGCCACAUCAGCUUUCGGGGUCAAGGUAAAUUCACUGAAAGAUCGGAACAAUGAGUUUUACGCUUAUGGCCAGUCCGCCACGUCGGUUGGCAAGCCCUUGUGGAUACUGAAAAUAGUAUUACUGCUGAACUUUCCAAGAAUCAUGAGACUAUUUGGUACUACGUUUUUUCCAAAGGCCACCAAUCGUUUCUUCAAGAGAUUGAUCGAGGAAACAAUCAGAACGAGAAAAGAAAAUGGUAUCAUUCGUCUUGACAUGCUUCAACUGCUGAUCAAAGCAAUGGACAAUAAAACUAGCGACUUUGACAUAACUAUGGACAAUGUCGUGGGCCAUUCUUUGAUAUUCUUCAUAGCUGGCUUCGAAACAACGUCCAAUUUGAUGAGUUUCUUAGCUCUUGAGUUGGCAGCUAAUCGUGAUAUUCAAGACAAGUUGUACCAUGAAAUAGACAAGCAGUUUGGAAACGAUGGAAAGAUCACCUACGAAUCAUUGACGGAGUUAAAAUACUUGGACAUGGUUGUUACUGAAGCGUUGAGGAAAUACCCUCUAGCGAGCAUGACCAAUAGACGGUGCACCAAGGAUUGCACCCUUCCUCCCCCAAUGGAGGGGUAUCCUGAGCUUCGAGUGGAAAAAGACACGGUCGUGAUGAUUCCCAUUUAUGCAAUCCAUCACAACCCUCAAUACUAUCCUAAUCCAGAAAAAUUUGAUCCUGACCGAUUUAGUGAGACUAACAAAAGUACAAUCCAACCUUACACAUAUUUACCGUUUGGCAUAGGACCUCGGCAGUGUAUAGGAAAUCGAUUUGCUCUGAUGGAAAUAAAAAUCGUCAUUGUCCAUCUUUUACAGAAGUUUGUUCUCAAGUUUUCGGAGAAAACGCAGUAUCCAGUAGAGUAUUCAAAGAGGAGUUUCAGUUUGACUGCAGCAGAUGGAAUUUGGCUGAAGAUGGAGGAAAGAAAGAAAAAUAAUUAGUGCUGAUAGUUCUUACUAUGUAUUCAUCUUGAUAUUAAUUUAUUAUUAAUAAGAUUCGAACGUG